GGCCACUGCAAUCAGGCCAGUUUAGCCUGGGACUAUUUUUCCCAAAGGCCACCGGGGCAACCUUGGCGUCUGCCUUUUGACCCCACUGUUGUGAUUGUUGGGGCGGCCGCGGGUUUGGACUUCCAUGACGGGAAGGGGCUGGCCUCAGGGAGCGAGCUCUGCAGACUCGGGCCGGCCCCGCGGGGUUCCAGGGACUCGCGUGAAGGGAACACUCUGGAUUUUCUAGAGUUUGCACUUCUCCAGUGGAGAGACCCCAGGGAAGACUGACCGGUUCUCACGUUUCUAAAAGCAUGGCCCACUUCCAGGGGUCGGUGACGUUCGGGGAUGUGGCUGUCGCCUUCUCUCAGCAGGAGUGGGCGAGUCUGGAUCCGGCUCAGAGGGCCUUGUACAGAGACGUCAUGCUGGAGACCUACAGCCACUUGGCCUCACUGGGACAUUCCCUUUCCAAACCACACGUGAUCGCCUUCUUGGAGCAGUGGAAGGAGCCCUGGGUGGUCAUGAGGAAAGAGCAAAGACGGCGACAGACAGAUUUUCAGUUGAAGGAUGAGAUAAUCAGCUGUAAAGAAAUGCCCACUUAUGAGAAAUGUACAUCUUUUGCUCUACAUCAGGAAAUUAAUAGAGAGAAACCAUGUGAAUGUCAGGAAUGUGGGAAGACUUUUUGUCAAGGCUCAAAGCCUGUUCAACAUGAGAAAAUACUAGAUGGUGAAAAACCCUAUAAAUGUAAAGAAUGUGGGCAGAACUUUAGUAAUGGACAUCAACUUACUGUACAUCAGAGAUUGCACAUUGCUGAGAAACCCUAUAAAUGUAAGGAAUGUGGAAAGGGUUUUGUUAGAGCCUCGGCCUUUGUUAAACAUGGGAGAAUUCAUACUGGUGAGAAACCGUGUGAGUGUAAGGAAGGUGGGCAGACUUUUAGUAGUAGCCAUCAAUUUACUGUACAUCAGAGAAUUCAUCCUAGUAAGAAACCAUCUGAAUGUGGGGAAUGUGGAAAAGCGUUUUAUGGUAGCUCAUACCUUAUUCAACAUCAAAGAAUCCAUAAGGGUGAGAAACCCUAUGAAUGUAAGGAAUGUGGGAAAGCAUUUAUAGUAUAUGGAAAACUUAUUCGGCAUCAGAACAUUCACACUGGUGAAAAACCUUUUGUAUGUAAAGAAUGUGGGAAGGCCUUUAGUACCUUCUCAUACCUUGGUCAGCAUCAGCGCAUUCACACUGGUGAGAAACCUUAUGAGUGUAAGGAAUGUGGGAAGGCCUUUAGUACUAGCUCCCCCCUGGUUAAACAUCAGAGAAUUCACACUGGGGAGAAACCCUAUGGAUGUAAGGAAUGUGGGAAGGCCUUUACUGUUUAUGGACAACUUACUCGCCAUCAGAGUAUUCACACUGGUGAGAAACCCUUUGAAUGUAAGGAAUGUGGGAAGGCCUUUAGACUUAGCACAUUUCUUAAUGCACAUCAGAGAAUUCAUGCAGGGGUCAAGCCCUACGGAUGCAAGGAAUGCGGUAAAGCCUUUAGUCGCGCCUCAUAUCUUGUUCACCAUGAAAGACUUCAUACAGGUGAGAAGCCCCAUGAGUGUAAGGAGUGUGGCAAGGCCUUCAGUACUGGCUCGUACCUUGUUCAGCAUCAGAGAAUUCACACUGGUGAGAAACCCUAUGAAUGUCAGGAAUGUGAGAAGGCUUUUAUUAGUCGCCAUCAACUUACUGUCCAUCAGAGGGUUCACACUGGUGAGAAACCCUAUGAGUGUAAGGACUGUGGGAGGGCCUUUAGAGUACAUGUACACCUCACACAGCAUCAGAAAAUUCACAUCAGUGUGAAGCCCUAUGAGUGUAAGGAGUGUGGGAAAACUUUCAGUCGUGCCUCAUACCUAGUACAACAUGGGAGAAUUCAUACUGGUGAGAAACCCUACGAGUGUAAGGACUGUGGGAAGGCCUUUAGUUCUGGCUCUUACCUUGUGCAACAUCAAAGAAUUCAUACUGGUGAGAAACCUUAUCAAUGUAACCAAUGUGGGAAAGCCUUUACUGUGUAUGGACAGCUUAUUGGGCAUCAGAGUGUUCAUACGGGUGAGAAACCCUUUGACUGUAAGGCAUGUGGGAAGGCCUUUAGACUUAAUUCAUUCCUUACUGAACAUCAGAGGAUACACACUGGUGAGAAACCCUUUACGUGUGAAAAAUGUGGGAAGGCCUUCAGAUAUAGUUCAGCCCUUAAAACACAUCAGAGAAACCAUGUGGGUGUAAAAGCGUAAGAAUUUAAGGAAUGUGGGAAGUCCUUUAAUUAUGGCUCAAACGUUCAGCAUCACAGAAUUCAUGCUGGUGAGAAACUUUUGAAUGUAAACCAUGUUGGUAGGCCUUUUGAAAAUACUCUCAUCUUUCUUAAUAUUAGAGAAGUCAUAAUUCAGAACACAUAAGAAAGCCUUCAUUUGUCAUUCUUGUGUUUAUAAUAUCAGAAUAUUCAUAGUGGUCGCCAGUUCAGGAAAGGUGGGAAAUGUUAAUGCUGACAGCAUCCCUGGCAUGAAAUUUUAAAUGACGUGUAUCAAUAUGACUGAAAGAAUGACUGAAGGAAUAAGUGAAUGAAAAACCUUCCAGUUACUCUUAAAGCAUUGCUGAAAUUCAGAUAAUUCAUCCUGACCUUUGAAACCAGUAAAUGUAAUAGAUAGUGGAAAGCCUAUGGCUGUUGGCAUGCGCGUUAACCGUCAUCGUCAUCCCACACCUUGCACCCUGUCUGACAUUAGGCUCCUUACUUUCCACCUCAGGGCAUUGUUUUAAAUGGUGAUGAUAGAACCUACCAACUUAUUAAAAAACCUAUGCUCAAGAUUUCCUAGAGUUAAUAUUACCAUUUUUUUGUAACUGCUAGUAAAAUUUUGAGAGUAAGACCCUACAGAUGUAGUUAAUUUAGAAAUACUCCUAUAUCCAUGCAUCCAUUUUAGAAUAUCAGAUAGAUCUUUCUGGAUAAAACUUUGUAGAGAGAAGGGAACGUGGGAGGAUAAUUAUUUAGAACUCAUCUCUUAAGUUGAAUCAAACAAUUCAUGAAAGAUACUCAGCCUUUUAAUAUGUGUGAAGUUGUUGAGAAUAGCCUAAAAGCCACAUUUUGUCCAAAAUUCAGGAUACGGGAAAUUAGUAACACAAUAGAAAAAAUAAACUCUCCACUCAGAAAUUUCCUUUGCAACUUAUUUUUAUGGGAAUUUUCUCAUAGAGAAAAGUAGAAAGAAUAGUGAAAUUGCCACCAGCUUUGGUAACACUUGUCUUUGUUUCUUUUAUCUCUGUCUCCUUCUCUCUAUCUGCACGUAGUUAUUUCUGCAUGUGAGAGGAGGUUGUACACUUCACCCCUAAAUAUUAAUCUUUUACUCCUGAGCCCACCUUUUUACACGAUUUUGAUGUUUUGAGGAGGUUGUGUGUAGAGCGUUGUGUUCUGCAUUUAGUUGUUUCCUCAUAGUCAUCUAACUCGUUCCUCUCUCCCAGGUUUUUUCCAUAUUGGAAGUGAUAAAGGUUUCUUUGUAUUCUGAAGAGACUUGCAAGAUAAUGCUGCAUAUAUUUGCAAACACAUAAUAUCAGAUUUUCCCAUAAUUAGUAAUACUAAUAAUGAGAUUCCUGUGUAUCAGAACUGUAAUUGGAACAUUAAUUUUAAAAUAUCAAAAUUAAUUAGAAAAUUAAUGCCUACAGGAAACCAGGAUUAAAAGCCAGAAUUUCAUUUUGUUCAUCUCUUUGUCCUUACCACCUAGGCAAUAAUUCUCAGUGUAUGCAAUUGAUAAAGCUGUUAAAAUAAGGAAUAAUUAUAUUUAUUUGUUCUAGGACCAUUUCUUGAAAAGAGUUACCUUUCUCCAUUGAGUUGCUUUGUUGGAAAUCAGUAUGCUACAUAGAUAUACUUACAUUUCUGAAUAUUCUUCUGUACCCUUGCGCCAUGUGUCUGUCACUCUUCCAGUACCAAAGGGUACUGAUUACCGAACAUUGCAAAAUUGCUUUACCUGUUCAAGGUCCUUUUCACUUACUUAUUUUUAUAUCAGCUUGUCAGUUUCUAUGGGGGGAAAAUGGCUUUUGGGAUUAUAAUGUGAAUUGUAAUGAAUCUAUAAAUCAAUAUGGAGAUAACUGACAUCUUAACGCUAUUGAGUCCACCAAUCCGUGAACGUAUCUCUCCUUUUAUUUAGGUCUUUGGUUUUUCUCAGCGAUGUUUGGGAGUACUUAUUGUUCAGUUCUGCCACAUAUUCUGUUACACUUAUCCUUAAGUGUGUCAUAAUUCUUGAUGUUAUGAUACGUGCUAUUGUUGAAUAACUGGAAAAUUAUAUAUAUAUGAAUAAUUUUUUGCAUAAUGACUUUCCUGUGAUCUCAUAAAUUUGUUUAUGAGUUCUAGUAGCUUUUUGUCUAUUUCUUAGAAUUUUCUACAUACAAAAACCGUGUCAUUUGUGAAUAAAGACACUUUUACUA